AUGACGACGUACGACCGACACUCGUCAUUUGACUCGCCCCAACGAACCGGUCGCCACGUUCCUCUCCGCGAUAACAGAUCUGGAAUGCUCACCGGUGUCGCCACUGCUUCUGACUCUCGCGCCGACGUUUCCAACCCCUACUUCGACGAAAACGCCUCCUCCACCCGAUACGAAGGCCAUGGCGGCUCGUCCACCCCCAACGGCUCCUACUCCCCUGGCCUGCGCUCCUCGGUCGCCAAGCAGGCCAAUGCCGACGGCUUCGAGGUUCAAGGCCAGGGCGAUGUCCAGAUGCAGGCAUUUUCCGACGGCUUGCCUCCGCCUCCUCCCGUACAACACUCAUGGCACCGCAUAGACUCCUGGGCUGAGGAGAACUACUUCGAGCUCUUUGACCAGCUUGGCGAGGGCUGCACCAUCAACGACCUCAACGACCUUGAACACCAGCUCGACUGCUCCCUCCCUCAGGAUGUCCGCGACUCCCUCAUGGUCCACGAUGGUCAAGAACGCGGUGGCACACCCACCGGUAUCAUUUUCAGUGGUAUGCUCAUGGAUGCCGAGGAGAUUGUUCAAGAGUGGGAGACUUGGAGACGCGUCAACGAGCAGUACUUGUUAGACGCUGCCAACAACCGCCCUGUUCCUCGUCCCUCCAGCCAGGACAACGGUGAGAGCUCAUCGCGUCAGCGACCUCCUUCUUCCUCGUCCAAUCCCGACGCCUGGCAAGAAAACCUGCUUCAGAAGCAGGAUUGCGUGCCCCCCAACAGCAUUCGAAAGGCUUACGCGCAUGCCGGCUGGAUUCCCCUUGUUCGCGACUGGGGUGGCAACAAUUUGGCUGUUGACCUGGCGCCUGGUCCUGCUGGCCGUUGGGGUCAGAUUAUCCUCUUUGGCCGCGACUAUGACACCAAGUACGUAGUCGCCCGUUCAUGGGGCGCCUUCCUUGCCCUUAUCGCCGACGACCUCAACUCGGGCAAGUGGUAUGUCGACGAGGAUACCAACGAGCUCAAGCUUCGAGAAUUCAAGGAGACCCGCAUCGAGCCGUCGUACUUUAACAUCUUGCGAUGGCGCAUGGAUCAAAAGCACGGCCGCCGUGCCGCUGCUGCUGCCGCUGGCAAGAGGAGGUCUAUGGCAUCCCCCAAGGCUGGAUCGCCCCUCGGCAGCCGGUCUGCCUCGCCGUACAUGAGCCCCGUGGACGGACCCAACGGCGACGCGCGCGGUCGGUCUAUGCAGCGGCCGAAAGCUUCGUCGCCGCUGACAAGUCCUGGGCGUCGCGGAUUUGGAAAGCCCCCGCCUCUGAGUAGGGUGACAGAGGAGAUGGUGAUGCCCAUCCUGCGCGACGCCGAGAUUGAGCCCUCGACGCUUGUCGAGGUGGACGAGGAGCCCGACUCACCUGGAAGCAGCAAUGGCCUCAAGAGCCCCGUCAGCGCGACGACGAGUACACCGCUGACGAGCCGGCGGCGCGACUCAAAUCUGACGCGAGACAAGGAAAACGAGCCUCCGAAGGCCAACGGCAAGCAGCCCGAGACUGUCGACGGCGCGAUGAAGACGAUUGAGAUUUGA